ACCAAGCUCUUUGGCGCGUUUGUUGCACAUUUGUCUGGCAUCGAGUGACUUGUGUUAGUAAAAGCGGGCAUUAUGUCCAAGAGAUCAAAGGAAAAACCCACUAAAUCCGAGAGUGAAAGCUCUGAGGAAGAGGAGGUGAAACCGAAGAAGAGCAAAACAUCUGAGAAAUCGAGCAGCAGCUCGAAAAAAUCUUCCAGAAGUUCAAAAGAUGAAGACUUCGGCGUUUUUGAGAUUGGCAACAAGCGCAAAGUGUCUGUGAGGGAAUUUAAGGGCAGACUACUAAUAGACAUUAGAGAAUUUUAUGAAAAAGAUGGAGAGUUGAUGCCCGGAAAGAAAGGCAUAUCUUUACAACUGGAACAGUGGGAAAAGCUGAAGAAUCUUGUUGGUGACAUUGAUGAAGCUAUUGAGGAACUCAGAGGAUAGCAAUGCAAAAGCUUUUGUCAAGAGAGUAACAUUGUAGUUCUACCUACUAAGAAUUUAUAUUGUUUGUGUAUUUACUUUCAAUAUUCAUGUAAUAUCAGCUAAAGGUGUUUUGAAUUUCGCAGCCCAAACAAUGCAAAAGCAACUAUUUAUUUCUCCUGAAGGUAAUGAUAGCAAGCCACACAAGCUAAAACUACCUCAAGAUGGAAAUAAAUUGUGCAAAGAACAUUAUUAAGAUCUUGAUUGUUUGUCAGGGCUCCGAAUUAUAACAAAAUAACUGAUGUUUCAUGAAAAAAAGUUUCUAGUUUUGUUGUUUCGACUACAAGUUUAAGUCAGUUUGUGUUGUUAGGUCAAUUUUUCAAUGUAUAGUAUUUCAGCUUAUGUCUUGUAUUAUUUUAUAUAUUGAGUCAAGACUGGUAGACUUUUUCAAGUUCUCGAAACAAAAAAAAAAAAAUAAAACAACAUUAAUAUUAUUACAAUGUUUCUGUGAUUAUUUGUUAUUACAUUUGUUAAAAAUUGUAUUGGAUUACAACCAGAGUACGAAAGAGAAACAGAUGUUGAAAAUGCCAGUUUUGCAGCAGUUGUGAAUAUGCCCCAAUAUCUUUGGUUUACUAAAAUUUACAUAGCCCAAGGUUGGAUCCAAAUAACUUCAAGACAAGGUUGAUCAUAAAAUCAGCCUCCUUGGCAGCAGUUGCCCUUCAUGUUGUCCUCUCUACCUCCCCUUUGAAUGCCUGUAAUGCAGCCUACCCCUUGACGAGAGUAGAAUAGGGAGGCAUUGUAGUCAAGUGUUUUAAGGGUGCUGGAUUUGAAAUCUGGAGGUGAACUCCUGGUUCAAAUCCUCCAACCU